AAAUGGGAGAUGGGGUGGGCAGAGGGCAUGGUUAAAUUAUUCACAAGCAGAAAUACAAUCCAGGCUAGCAAAAAGGGCUCAUUUACCAGUGGAAGACUAACCCAUACUCAAGCAUGCAUGAAGCCAAAAACUCAAAUCUAAAACAGACAUAAUGUUCAAUACUAUUGUUAGUAGCUUGAAUGUUUUGUGAAUUUACAAGUUGUCAUGACAAAUUCUAGGUAUUUUUACAGGCUGAAAAGCUGUAGCAAAUGCCACUAUGGUGCAUGCACAUACACUAUUAUAAAGGGCUGUGUACAUGGUUCCCUUCUCAAUAUUCUCACAGGAAAUAAGUCAUUUGUAAUGACAAUUGUACUUUUAUUUAUUUUUCUUUCUUUAUAUAUAUAUAUAUAUAAGUUACCUUUUAUUUAACAAGGUAAGUCAGUUAAGAACAAAUUCUUAUUUACAAUGACGGCCAAAGCAUGACGAUGCUGGGCCAAUUGUGUGCCGCACUAUGGACUAUGGGACUUCCAAUCACAGCCUGGUGUGAUACAACCUGGAUUCAAACCAGGGACUGUAGUGAUGCCUCUUGCACUGAGAUGCAGUGCCUUAGACUGCUGCGCCACUCAGGAGUCAAAUACUAGCAUAGUGUAUUUUACUGUACAUUACAUCUCUGGUAAAUGUUUCGAUACUGUGGAAUACAUUUGUUACUAGAUCAGAUUCACAGACAAGAGUCUGGCUGUAAAACCGCUAGGUGUAUUUGGCCAACAUGAAGAACAUGUCAUUUGUAUAAAAAAACAUUACGUAUUUAGUAUGCAACUAAUCUUGUUUUUUAAAUUUGGCCAUUUUAACAAACCAUGCAACGAAUAACCAUAGAUUUAAUUUAACAUGACCCCGUUCAUACCGUUCUGUGCAAGUUUACAAGCUGAGAUAUGAGCCUAUCUACCUUUGUGUGUGACAGUAUUGUAUGUCAGGUGGGUAUCAUUUUACUGCAGAGAUAUUUGACACCCAGGUAAGGCAGGCACAUAUCUGAAGUCCGGUGACCUGAGGUAGUAAUACACACAGACACACUGGUCCUCACUACUGCCAGUAACUACAGAACAGGACCAUGGCGUUCAUCGCGAAGACCUUCUAUGAUCUGAAGGCCACGACCCUGGAGGGGAAUUCAGUAGAUUUCAAUGUGUUUCGAGGGCGGGUGGUCCUCAUUGAGAAUGUGGCAUCGCUCUGAGGGACAACCACCCGGGACUACAGCCAGCUCAAUUUGCUCCAGAGCAAGUACCCUCACCGGCUAGUGGUCCUGGGCUUCCCCUGCAAUCAGUUUGGCUACCAGGAGAACUGUUCAAAUGGGGAGAUCCUGAACUCAUUAAAGUAUGUGCGUCCAGGAGAUGGCUACCAGCCUGGCUUCACUGUCUUUGAAAAGUGUGAUGUGAAUGGAACCAACACCCACCCUGUCUUUGCCUAUUUGAAAGACAAACUUCCCUAUCCUGAUGAUGAUCCACACACCCUCAUCCAGGAUCCUAAAUUCCUCAUCUGGAGUCCCAUCAGCAGGACAGACAUCUCUUGGAAUUUUGAGAAAUUCCUGGUUGGGCCAGAGGGAGAGCCCUUUAAACGUUACAGCAAAAAAUUUGAGACUAUCAACAUUGAGCCUGACAUUCAAAGACUGUUGAGACUAACCAAGACCUGAAAAUAGCAUGGGAAUGUUCUCCUUGUGUACUACUCAUUCUGCUACACAAAUGACUUCACAUGUAUGAUAGACAGGGACUAUUAUGGCGUCGUCCAUCCUUUUGAGUUUUACUAAAUGAGGUUAAUAUUCUAAAAACUUGGGAGUAUUAUCUGAGGCCAUGUAAAUGCUCAAGAGUUAUGGGUUAUGCUUUGAUAAGUCUUCUUGCUCAUGUAAUAAAAAUAUGGAAAGCAUCAGCUAUAUUUUUGUAUGCCCUCCAGCAGUGAUCCUGACCUAUAGUAAACCCUCUCCUCUGUCUUUUUCUAUGCUGGCCAGCAGGUGGUGCCACUAACUUGAGUUUGGAUUAGAUUUUUGCCACCAACUCGUUGAGUUGUUAGUGAAGUUUGUCAGACGAAAGGCAAUAUAUACACAAGGUUACUGUAGUUGGAAUAAAAUUAUUAGAUUCUACUUGUAAAAAAAAAACUGUUCUUAUCGUUCCACCAUAUCCCAUGUGUAUUAAUCAUGUUAUAAUUUGACAUUUUCUAGUUUCACAUUACACUUUUAUUUUAGUGACUGUCCAAUGUUUCCAGAUUUCUAUGAAAUAUGACAUAUAAUUAAUAACAACAUGAGUGACGAAGUUUUCGUUCCAAAAAAUGGUAAUUAAGUAUGUUAAAAAACACAUUUCGUUUUGGAAUAGUGGGUGUGUAAAUGGGUUAGCUGACAACAUCACGAAAAUGAUGUGCACAAUUCAAUGGGGCUGUAGUCUGUGUGUUGUGAUUCUGAAUGACCAGGGUCUGGAUUCCCCAUAGCGAUGGAAUUUAGGCAUACGUCACACCUUUUUCCCAAAACACCAUCCAGUUAACUCGUUCCAAAGUGAAAUUUAACUGUGUUGUUACAGGAGCUGCUGUCCCCCGUGCUGAAAAUUAUUCCAGAAAAAAGUCUUAAGGAUCCGCCCCUUUUUAAAAAUAUCAGCCUA